UCCCCUGCCACCAUGUCAGAAUACCGGGCCGGCCGCUCAGCUGUCUGCAGUCUCUGGUCAUCCCCUGUACUGUCUUCAGUCUCUGUUCAUCUCCUGUACUAUGUCCGCAGUCUCUGUUCAUACCCUAUACUGUCCGCAGUCUCUGGUCAUCUCCUAUACUGUACGCAGUCUCUGGUCAUCCCCUGUACUGUCCGCAGUCUUUGGUCAUCCCCUGUACUGUCUGCAGUCUCUGGUCAUCUCCUGUACUGUGUCCGCAGUCUCUGGUCAUCUCCUGUACUAUGUCCGCAGUCUCUGUUCAUACCCUAUACUGUCCGCAGUCUCUGGUCAUCUCCUAUACUGUACGCAGUCUCUGGUCAUCUCCUAUACUGUACGCAGUCUCUUGGUCAUCCCCUGUACUGUCCGCAGUCUCUUGGUCAUCCCUGUACUGUGUCCACAGUCUCUGGUCAUCUCCUGUACUGUGUCCACAGUCUCUGGUCAUCUCCUGUAUUAUGUCCGCAGUCUCUGGUCAUCCCCUGUAGUGUGUCCGCAGUCUCUUGGUCAUCUCCUAUACUGUGUCCGCAGUCUCUGGUCAUCUCC